UUUUCGUCGUGAGAAUUGUUGGAGGAGAUAAGAGAGCGACUAUUAUUAGGACUGCGACUGAGGAAGAGAGUGAGAGGGCGAGAGGGAUCUGCGCUCCUCCAAAAUCGAACUUUUCCUCUCUGAGAUCCCUUCGUUGUACCAAUCUCCUGGUUCUACACAUUCAAUUUGUAAGGAGGCAACGAAUCGUAAGCAGAGGUGGAGAAAAUUUUCCAGAUCCGUCGUAAAGUAGAUCUGAAGGUGUGAGGAAAAAUGAGCGAAGGAGGGUUCCUGGAAAUCGAGCCUAAGGAGCUCAAGUUCGUUUUUGAGUUGAAGAAGCAGAGCUCAUGUUCCCUGCAACUAAUUAACAAGACAGAUCAGUAUGUUGCCUUUAAGGUUAAAACAACCAAUCCAAAGAAAUAUUGUGUUCGCCCCAACACAGGGAUUGUCUUACCUAGGGCAACCUGUGAUGUCACAGUCACAAUGCAAGCUCAAAAGGAAGCCCCACCUGACAUGCAAUGCAAAGAUAAGUUCCUACUUCAGAGUGUUAUCACGGAGCAUGGUGCAGAAACCAAGGAUGUAACCCCUGAAAUGUUCAAUAAAGAACCUGGUAAGGUUGUAGAGGAGUUCAAGUUGCGGGUAGUUUAUGUUCUUUCUAGUCCACCCUCGCCUGUGCCUGAGGAAGCAGAAGAAGGAUCUUCACCAAGGUCAUCAACAUUUGAAAAUGGGGCUCAAAGUUUUCAACAUGAUUCAGAAACUAGAUCACAUGAACCCCCAAAGGAGAAGUCAUCAGAGACAUUGGCUAUGAUCUCAAAAUUGACUGAAGAAAAAAAUUCUGCCAUUCAAUAUAACCAGAAACUCAGACAAGAACUGGAUUUACUAAGGAAAGAAUGCAGCAUGCACCAAGGUGGCUUCAGCAUUACACUUGUUGUGUUGGUGGGAUUGCUCGGUGCUCUUAUUGGCUACAUAAUCAAGAAGUCAUAGGACACACUUCUCCCAUUGCUUCUCCAACUCGAUGGCAUUUAUUUGUUCUUCUGAUCAAACCGGGGACUCCUAUCAAUCAUAACUUAUCUAGUAAUCUUGUUGUAGUCAUUUAUUUGGAUUGUGUUCUUCAUUAUGCUAUAGACUGAAAUACCUUUACUGGAGGUAAAGACCUCAAAAUACAUAGUUUCUGGGGCUUGUUUAAGCUUA